CUCAAAUAGUCACGCUCGCGCUAACCUCCCGUUCAGGGGUUGAUUGAUGUGCGACGAUAGGUUUUUAAGCUUUCAACAAAUACAGUUACAAGCAAAAGGGCUUUCCUUCCAUGCAGAUGCGUAUUUACAAGUGCCAGGCGAAGGGGUAACUGUUUUGCCGAGCCGGCCUGCCGUUCAGUUUGUCACUGGAAGCCGAAGCGAUCGCAACUGAAGUUCCCCCGUUCUCGCGGGGCCCUCUAGGAUUAUUAUUACUACACAAGCGCUCCGUGUUUUAUCGUGCUACCGACCAGCCGCAGUUAUCUAUAUGAAAGGAAGCCACCUCCCCCUUGAACGUACAGUUGCCAGUCGCAUCUACCGUGCUUGCACGUACAUUCUGGCCGUGUUGCUCCUACCGCCACAGGACGACAGAUUCACUUGACCAACGGUCAGUCGGCGGUCAGUGAAACAGUUUCUCCGGGAUAGAUGGACACCUUAAAUGAUUCGUUGUGUUUGGACGAACUAGUUGUCGGGUGUGGAAGUGGUCCCAGUUCUGCCAUGACGAUGCAUCACCACCUCUCCGAGAGCACCCCCUCCACGGGGGCGUCUGACCUUACCCUCACGAACACCAGCCACGGAUCCUUAAGUGCCGUUACCUCACCUGAUGCCCAUUCACCGAAAUCAGAUUCCAAUGACACGAGCAAAGUGAAAGCAGACGACAGCCAGUCAGAGGAGGAGAAGAAGAAGAAACGACAGCGACGUCAGCGCACACACUUCACUAGUCAGCAGCUACAGGAGCUGGAGGCGACGUUCACGCGCAACCGAUACCCAGACAUGGCUACGCGCGAAGAGAUCGCGGCCUGGACCAAUCUAACGGAAGCCAGAGUCAGGGUAUGGUUCAAGAACCGCCGAGCCAAAUGGAGGAAACGUGAGCGGAAUAUGGACACGUUUAAAAAUGGGUUCGGCACUCAGUUCACCGGUUUGAUGCAGCCUCCAUUCGACGACGGACUGUACACCGGGUAUUCCUACAACAACUGGGCCACCAAGGUGCCGUCGCCCCUCGGCACGAAGACGUUUCCAUGGGGACUGAACAUGAACAUGAACCCACCCGUGAACCCCCACCUGUCUUCCGUGGUGUCCACGCAGCCCCUAGGGUUCUCGUCUUCCCCGAACAAUAUCACCAGUAUAAACUCAUCCAUGAUGGGUAGCGUGCCCAACGUGCCCACCAACAUGAACUCGCCCACCGCCCCGUGUCCGUACGCCCCGCCGGCCCCGCCCUACUACAUCAACCGGGACUCGUGUACUAACAGUAUCGCCGCCUUGCGGCUGAAAGCAAAGCAGCAUGCAUCAUCUCCCUUUGGUUACUCUUCAAUGACCGGAAGACAACCCACGCUUUCCGCUUGUCAGUACGCAACUGUCGGCAACGGCGGGACGGUAUGAGAGCCAUAUAUGGGGAUUAUGUAUAAAUUCAUCACUGGGUAGAAGAAACGAAAUUGGCGUAAGAAAUCUAAAAUUAAAAAAAAAACUGCCAGUGAAAUAAGCUGCUGUCGUGUGAACAGAUGAACAGUGUACUGGUAGCACGAUUGCUGUGAAAAUAAAUCAGGGAUCGAAAUUCGAGGCGAGUGUGUAGGAUUUUUUUUUUUGCCCGCGACAUUUGACGUCGGGUUUAAUGAGAAAAAAAACCUGAAUGUUGGUAUUGGUGUAAUGUGGAACUAGAUAUUUGUAAUCAGUGUUACGCUUGCACUGGUAGGUACGAUUGGUGGUAUUCGAGUGACGGAUGAAUAAUCCACACAUCAAACUAUUUUAGCAAAGCAAUCGGUUUUCACAAGAGCUGAAAAAGCCAGCGUUCUCAAGCCUCUCAAAUGGGACAGAGUCGAACGAAUUGGGACAUAGCGAAGGAACCAAAUCUGGUUGCGAGAAUUGAAGCUAGUUGUGAGAACUGACAUUGGUUUUCGAAAACCGGAACUGGUUUGAAAGAAACUGGAACUGGUUGCAAGAAACCGAAAUCAGUUGUGAGAACUGAAACCGGUUACAGAUACCACUUAGUGCUACAAAUGGCGUUCAAAGACCCGGAUAUAGUUCAUGAAAAGUCCCACGAAUGGCGUAGGGGUCUUACUGACCUACCUCACCGCCCCCCAAGGUGCGGAGAGAGUUCUGAAUUAACAUUUAAGUAGACGUUUUAAUAAACACUGACUAUAAAGUAUAUAUAUAUAUAUAAUGUGCUAAACUUGCCUCGUUGUGUGUUUUUGAUGAUGGUGGGCAAGAAUGUCUGCUUCUCGCCCCGACAUCAUUGGAAGGGAGGGAAUCAUUGCAGUGUGUUUAUGGUUUUGUCUGUCAUAUUAACAGUUUCUUGUAUUUUGUAGAAUCUAAAAUAGGUAUAUUGUACAAACGAUAGCUGGAAUGUGCCAAAGCUAUUGAAGGGACCUCACAUAUAUAUAUAAAAGAAAAAAGAUCAAAUACGUGUGUGCUUAAAACUUACUAAAAUCUUAACAAAUUCGUCUUGCGUAUAAUUGUUAAAUAUUUAUCUUAUGUUCCUAAGGACAGAAAUCAAAUUAUCUGUUUAUAAAUUCACUUCUUUUAUCAGUGAAAUCACAAAAUUUAGACAGCAUUACAAGAUUGCUUUUCAUGCAAUUUGAAUCAUCAGUUAAGUUAUCUGUAUAAUACAACAUAAUCCGAAGGUACAAACUAAAUAUUUAUGAAACAUUCAUUUAUUGUAUUCUUGUUGUUUUGUUUUUUAAUAAGUGUAGUAAAUUUGAGUUUAAAGGGCCAUUGUGCUGAAGGUAACAAAUAUGCAUACACAAAAAUAUGAAGGUAUAAAACAAUGUUGUUUGUGGGGAAAAACAAAUCGUAUAGCAGAUCGUGAAAGAGUCUUGCUAUGUAAUCCGCCAUAACAGUAAAGCAUACACAGUAAAUCCAUUGUUAAACUUCAGAUAGGACAUUAAUUAAAUAAAUAUGCAGAAAAUAAUUCGUUUAUUAGGCCUCGGCCAAAUUAACAUGUGUGUAUGUCUAUGUCCGUAGAUAUAUGUGUGCGCGUGUGCGUGUGCGUGCUGGGUUGUGUUCGUGUGUGUCUGUCUGUGUUGCGUGCGCGUGUUUCUAAGUACAACUGAUUGACUUUAAAUACAACCAUACACAUCAGUCAUGUUGGGAAAAAAACCUUGUUAUCCAACUUUAUCAAGUUGUGUAUGCUGGUCUUUAGCAUAUUGAGUCAUCAGAAUAGGGUACGUCCUGAUCUCAAUGUAUUGCAUAUCUGUGGACAUAGGGGAUGGACUUAAGGUAGGAUUAUGUACAAAGGGGUUAAGCAGUGUGUGAGUUUGUGUCUAUAAAAUAAAAAGUGCUAUAUUUGCAACUUGUACACCCAAAUUUCUGUGUUCAUUUAAAAAAAUUAAAAAAACGCAGUUUCUGUGUUCCUUAUGAAAGAACGGUUACCAAAACGUUAGGUUUGUACAGGCUCAAGACGAAGAAAUAACAGUAUGAAUAUGUAGUUGUGUUUAGAAACGAACGUUGAAAUAAAUUAUGAUUAUACUCUC